AUGCCUGUGCAAAAAUUUUCUUAUGCACAUCGAUUUGGUAUUAUUUCAACAUCAUAUAAAGAAAAAAUUGAAAAAGAUAUACAACAACGCCAACAACAAGAAAGUGAUCGAGCAUCAUCAGCAUAUAGUAGUGAACAUAGCAAAAAAUAUUUAAUACUUGAAGUAACUGAAGAAUUUGUACGUGAUUAUAAUCGAGCUUCAUCUAGUGAACGAAUAAAACUUAAUGAACUUAUCUAUCGAAUGUUACAACGACUGAAAAGAAAAGCAACACAAUGUCAAGUACAUACAAAUCGACCAAUUCAAUUACAAAUGGCUUGGGCUGAACUUUGCUUGUUAUCUCAAUGUAAAUCAUGUUAUCAAGAAGAAUGUUUAACAACACUUUAUCGAGCAUUGAUAUAUAGUCCAUUGAGUGCAACUCAGAUUCCCACAUUAUUUUUUCUCUCAGAAACAAUUCUUUAUUGGCUUAAAAAUGAUGCUAUACUUGAACCAUUUCUUACAUCAACUGAAUUGAAAUUGUUAAAAAUUGGUCAAAUUGUUUUUCAAUUAUUAUAUUUUCAUUAUCUAGAAGGUUCAACUGGACCUUAUGAAGAAUUCAAAAUUCGUCUUCAUACAUAUUUAGAAGGUCUUGAUGAAUGUGAAUCUGCUUAUUCUUCAUAUCCCAAUGCUGUUUGGUGUAUUCAUUAUAUUGAAUCUAUUGGUUCUAUUCUUGUUGCUAGUGUUGAUAAAAAUAUAUUAAAUUCUCGUCGUAGUAUAUCAUCAGCAGCAAGUCAUCCAGUACCACCAAUUGCACCUGAAGAUUUUCGUGAUAUACCUAAAUCUGAAUUAAGUGCUAUUGUACAAGAAUUAUCACCAAUUAUUUGGCAUUCUGUUGAGGUAUGGUUAUUUGUUAAAAAAUAUUCAACAAAUAAUUUAUCUGAAGUUAUGAAUCAUUAUUUUAAUGAAACAAUUCUUUCAUUAAUUGCUUGUCGACAUAAAAUAAUUGAUGAAAAUUGGAUUGAUGUUGUUAUGGCUUUACAAAUUUUAGCAGAUGUUGCAAAAACAAAUAUGGAUAUGUUAGAAACUAUUCAAUUAUUGGCUCAACCUGAAUCAACUGCUCAACUUCCAUUACAUAAACGUGCUGAAUCUCAUUUAUUAUCUCGUGGUUGGCGUUCAUGGCCAUGGCAAUUAAUAAUUCUUUUAUGUGAAUGUCUUACAUCAAUAUGUAUUGGUACAAAUCAAGCAGCUAUUAAACGUACAGUUUUAUUUGGUAAUGAAACAUCAUCAGAUAAUAUUCUUACAUAUGCAAGUGAUAGUCAAUAUCCUAUAAAUGAUCAAAAAACUUUUACAGAAAGUAGUACAACACGUGGAAAUGAUGAUAAUGUUUGUUUAAUGCAAAUGUUACAUUAUAGAAUAAUUGAUGAACAAGGAAAAAUCAAAAUUGAUAAUGAUGAUAAUCAAUCAUGGCGUAUUCGAUAUAUGGGUCUUUUAUGUAUGUCACAAAUAUAUAAACAUUUACAAGUUGAACCACGUCAUAAAACCUUAAGUAAUUUACUUUGGAUGUUUAUACAUGAAUAUGAAAAACGUGAACGUGAUGAUCGAAUACUUGAAGCACUUAAAGUUGGACGAUUUGAUGAUGAUAUUAUUCAAACAUUAAAAACUGAUGUUACAGAAAAUCAAUUAGGUACAAUUUAUAAUAGUAUAGCUCAACGUUUAGCUGAUGGAUUAUUACCAGAUCCAACACCAUCUGAAUUACGAUCAGCUAAAGUAAAAUAUAAUAAAAAAUCAUCAUUUAAAAAAGGUCAAUAUAUUGGAACAUCACAAAGUAAUGAGCGAUAUCGUCUUAGUAUACCUUCAGUUCCACCUUCAAGAGAUGAGAAAAAACAUAUUCAAAUAAAACGAAUUAUUGAAAAUAAUAUUAAUGAUGUAUUUAAACGAAAAGAACAAGUAUUACAAAGUAUUGUUGUUGAUCAAUAUCGUAAAGAACUUGAAGAGAAAAAAGAUGAAACAGUUGAUGUUAUUGAAAAAUUAGAUUCAAUGGUUGAACAAGCUAUGGAAACCACAACAUUGGAUAAAAAUUCAUUAUCAAGCGUUUUUACAUUAUCCAAUAAGAAAUUUAUUGUUGAUCCACUACAAGAACGACGAGCUUUGGCAGAAUCAAUGGGUCUCAAAUUGAUCAUAAAUGAAAAUGAUGAACAAGAAUAA